AUGUUGUGUGAGAUCUUCUGCCGCCAGGGUGCAAGACUGCAGAACCUGUCAUCCCCAACCUGUCGCGAGGGGAACUCGGAGUUCCUGGGCGUCCCCUGCCUCGCGGGAUCCGAUCCACCCUGGUCCGACUUCACCGUCACCCUCAGGGUUAGUGGCCGUUGGAUGACACUUGGGGAGGAUGCAUGGAUGAUCGAGCUGUGUGAGGGCAGCUACUGCGCACCGUUGGACCUCGGGAGGCUCUGUGGCGGCUCGGGUUCGGCAGAGGUGGACAUAGGGUGGCCCCUGCGGCUGUGCGAGGGCUGCCGCAGGCCGCGCGAGUGCCUGUCGGCGAGCUGCUCGCUGGCCCUGCCGAGCGCCGCCUGCGGUGACGGCAUCGCCCCGACCGCUGCGCCGCGCAGAGGUGCGCGGCUGCGGGCGAGGACGGCCCUUGCCGACAGGCGUGCGCCCAGCUCCCGCGCCUCGCAGGGAUCCUCGCGUCCGGCGCGGCGGCCGGCGGCGCGGCGCUGCUGCUCGUCGUGGCCUCCCUGCUCGCAGGCUGGUGCCGGCACGCUGGCUGCGCGGCCUCCCUCGCGAACUUGGGGGCCGCCGGCGCCGCGCCGCUGUGCCUCUCCCUGCUUGCCUCCUCCGGGCUGGACGAGAUGGUCGCGGCAGCGGCCGCGGCGCGGGUCGCCUCCACGUGGGAGCUGCGCCCCGGCGCGCUCGAGGCCUCAGGGGCCUCUGGCGCUUUCCUGCUGGGGUCCCUUGCCGCCCUGGCGGCUUCGAAGAGCCGCCGCGCGCUGCUCUACCGGCCCCUCACGGAGGCGGGCUGCGCCGCGCGGGACGACGAG